CCGGCAGAGUUUUAUCUAUUUAAACUAUAGGGUGACCCUAGUAACUUAAUGCCUGCCCUUGGCGGUCUUAACUGUACCAGCUGUUUCCGCGCGAAGAUAGAAAGAAAUGGGCAAGAAGCAACCGCUCGCAGCUGCUCAGAAACCGAGAGCCGGACUCGACAUUACUCGUUUCCUAGAGCGGAAAGUUGCACAGUGCCCAGGCGCACCUCAAGCCGAAGUUUCUCCAGAUGGUCGCCAUGCCGCUGGUGCCCGGCUACCUAAGGGGCAAGCAUCUACACCCGACAAGCACUUACUUGACAACGUGCUCUUGAGCCAGGACGUGGACGAUGGGGGCCUGCAGGUUGUCUGGGCAAGCUCACCUACUGCAGCAUACUCACCACAGAAGGUUGCCACUCCAUCACAGGAAGCUCCCGGCGCGUCCCAGCUGGAUGCCGAGAACUCGCAGGCCAGCAAGGACGGCGGACUUCGCAGAAGCCUUGCUCCCGCCAUUCAUCGCGUAUCGGAUAACGGGCGCCUUGAACAUGACCCCCCUGCCGGCUGCGGUGCCGACCUGCUGGAGCAGCUGCUGGCAAGGCGUACCAGCCAUGCGGCUGCAUCGACAUCAGCGCCACAAUUCCAGCCCGCCAACGAACCACCAAUGAGCGGGCGCAUAAGCGGGUUACCGCCAAUGCAGCAUGCGCUGGGUGCCAGGCAGGUCGCGAGGUCUUCGGCCGCUUCCGCUCUGGAUGUUGACGACCAGGUGUUACAGGAAGUUUUGGCGGGCACAGAUACCUACAAGACUCCUGCAGCAGCGAAGCCGGCAAGACUGGCUCGGAACAGCAUUGCCAAGAACAGUUCUGAUUACGGGAGGCCAUCGCUCUCCACGCCUUCUGUGGUCUCGCUGGGAUGCAAACGCGCCCUGGUAACAUCCGGGAGCAAGGCUGGAUCGGGCAACAAGCGCCGUGCAUUGCUUGACCUACUAGAGCAGGUCGAGCUCAUGGUGAAGCACCCCGGUCCUUCAGCGGUCAAUUGCGAUUCUCAGCAGGCCGAUGGAGGGUCUGCGCCUGGGCCUCCCAGUGAGGCUGCGCCGGGGCAUGUUGGCUCAGUGGCAAGCCAGCCAAUACUGGGGAGGUCCCGUGCGGACAUGCAGAUUCCAACCCAAAACGCCAUGGCUACCCAAAUCGUGCCUGCCGCGGCCAGCGUGCCAGCGCUGCACAAUUCGUCAGCGGCGGGCUUCGGACGCUCGAUGUUGCCACCUGCCGCCCGCCCAGCCCAUGGGGCUCCGCUAGCGGCCACGCCAGGAGCAGCCACUCAGACACCUAAAGCGUACCCCAUGACGCAGCCCCUGGCCUGUCCCGCCCAAAGCCAAGCACCUUCUCUGCAGGACAAGAAGCAUAUAGCGGCGCGCGGUAGCUUCAAAACAGUGGAGGUGGCCACACUAGGCCCAUCAGGGCCGCCAUCCGCUGCAUCGCAGACCGUGCCCACAGUAGUUGGUGGUGUCGGCUCUGCAGCUGGGGCGACGGCCGCUGGGAGUCCUGAGCCCAUCACACUUAGGCCUCCAACCCAACCAGCGCCCAGCGCUGAUGAGGACGAUGACGACUUUUGGAAUGACGUGGAUAUUGACAUCGACGCGCUGGUUGCCAACGCCACUAGCAAGCAGGCGAGCCCCGUCGGCGUCAGCUCUGCCACUGGCGUCAGCUUUGCCACUGGUGUCCAGGGUCCAGUCUUGGGCGCGAAGUUGCCGCUCCAACAACCGCCGUCCCGUGCUGCACCAAACCCUGGGCGGCCACCUCUCCAUCCGCAAGGUCAGCAGCAGCAGCCCGCGAUAGUGCAGCGCCCGCAGCAGCCGACGUCCUCGCAACCUGACCGCCCACGCCAUGCAAAGGAAGAGCCACCGCAGCGUGCCGAGUGCAGCACUGCGGCCGCAGCUGACCCAAAGCUGCUUGGCGACCGCGAGGAGGUGCACUUUGUCGUACGGGAGGUGCAUUGCCCCCGCGGAACGGAUCAUGUCGAGCUGCUCUGCUCGAAUGAGUACAAGAACACAGAGGUGCGCGUCUACUUGAAGGACAUGUGGGCGGACCAGGUGGUGAAACCGGGCGACACCGUCAACAUCGUUGGUGGUCGGUUCGUCGCUGACCCGACCUGCCCCAGCGUCGAAGUGAGCGGAAAUCAAGGCCUCCUGGUCCUGCAUCCCGACGUGCUGCUGUCAGGUACAACCAUCUGUACGGCAAUCCGCUGCUCGCGCCAGGCCUGGCUGCAGGAGCGAGUCGCUAGCGGGGCUGGUGGCGAGGCAGCCUUGCUUGGGAGCAUGCUACACGAGCUGCUCCAGCGCAGUCUGCGGACAGCGAUAAACGGAAGGCUCGACAAGCAACGGAUGCUGGAGGAGGCCCGCUCAAUUAUCAACGCCAACACCGACAAGCUCCUGGAGGUUGACCGGGACGAGGCUUCCGUGCUAACAUACUUUUCCCAGCAGCUGGACGGUAUCAUUGCCUGGUGCAACUCGUACGUCACACCUGGGCCUGCUUCCGCGCUCGGCGGCCGUGUUGAAGCCGGUAACAGCGACAUGCCCACCUUCUGCCGCGUCACGGAGGUGCUCGACAUCGAAGAGAGCAUUUGGGCGCCCAAGUACGGCUUGAAGGGUCAGCUGGAUGCCUCGUUGCUCGUGACGCUGAGCAACAAAGACCCGUUGCACAACCAGCGCACCCUCACCGGUGGCUACGCGAGCACUCAGCAACAGCACCGGGUGCAGCAGCAGAAGGGAUUGUUUGAGCUGGGAGGGCAACAUGGGUCAGCACGUCCGCACGGGCCACAGCAGCAUCACGGUUCCAACACGGGGGUCUACACCACCCCGCAAUCCGGUGCGGCGCAACGCUGGCAGCAGCAGGGUCAAGGUCAUGGGCCGCAGCAAAGCUGGUCUGACGGCCCCGGCAGGCAGGCGGCGAUGACGCAGCCGGUGGGGCAGGCGUACAACACGCCGCAGAUGCAGCAGCCUGGAGUGACAAGCGAGACGGUGGUAGCGCCAUUCGAAUACAAGACUGGGAAAGACUGGCCAGAGCACCGGGCACAGGUGCUCUUAUACUUGCUGCUGAUGGAGGACCGCUACCAGGCCGCCGUACGCACGGGGCUGCUAUGGAACCAGCAGAAGCCCACCAUGCAGGCCGUCAAGUACGCCCAUCACGAGCUCGCAGCGCUCGUCAUGCACCGCAACCGCCUGGCGGCCUACCUCGUGGACGCAGCGAGAGACCCCCCGCCACCGCUGCAGGGCUCGGAAGCCGACCGCAAGUGCAACUACUGCAGUGUCAGCUCCACGUGUGCGCUGUACCUCGCAGCCGCAGCGCACGGCAGUGAUAAUGCCCAAGCCGAUCUUGCAAACGUGGACUUGCAUCCAGCCCUCCGGGAAAAGCUUUCGACGGUUUCGCCAUCCUGUGCGGCCUUCUUCUCCCAAUGGAUACGGCUGGUGGACCUGGAGGAGGCGGCGGCUCGGUCCGGCAAAGCAGACCUGUGGGCCAUUAGCGGGCCCCAACGGGAGCGUCAGGGCGGCUGCAUAGCUCGCUUGGUGCUUGAGAAGGACGGGCUGGAUGAGCGUGCUGCCGAAGGCGCACGCUAUCGCUACGUCUUCCGGCGCAUGUCGGCGCCAUCUUCUGCUCCGGUUGGUGCUACAGAAGCGGAUGCCGCUGCUGUGCAGUCCGAGGCGCAGGACGGGGGCUUGCUCUCUGCGGGGUUUGCCCCAGGGGAUCUAGGAGUGCUUGGGCUGGAGGGCCGGCAUGCCGCAGCUGCUCGCGUCAGCGUAGCCGAUGUGACUAAGGACACCAUAACCUUGACCUCCAAGAAGGAGAUCAAGUUCGCCAAGCUCGGUGAUACGCGGCAACCUCAAUGCCAGAGCUGCGGCGCUGUGGCGAUAUCCGCGUCUGCAACGACCUGCUGUCGGUGCAGCGGUGUCGUGCAGCGGGUGACUUGGCGCCUCGAUAGGGACGAGGCCGCGUCCGUGUUUGCGCAGAUGCGGCUUAACCUGAGCUUGCUGUGUGUCCCUGGAGCGGGAGCGGGCUGGCAAGGAGGUGGGGCCGGCGGUCGCAAAGGUGGCGGCUGCGACGCGUCCCAGGCGCGCCGUGAGGGCCAUCUGAUGCAGCUGCGGAAGCUGGUGAUCGAGUUGGCGUCGCCGCAGCAGGGCCUGGCGCACAACACCCUUGGCGCAAGCUCACAGCUGUCCGCGUCUCUGGCGAGCAGCCAGCUGCAGGCCAACCCUUACCUCCGUGAGCAUGCCCACGAGAUGAACGGCGAGCAGCUGGAGGCCGUGCAGCGCGUCUUGGCCAUGCAGGACUACGCCAUCCUUCUCGGGAUGCCGGGCACGGGAAAGACGACGACCAUCGUGCACGUAAUCCGGGCGCUGGUGGAGGCGCGCGUGCGCAUCCUGGUUGCAUCCUACACCAACAGCGCUGUGGAUAACAUCCUCCUGAAGCUGAUUGGCACACCGGUUUCCUUUGUGCGCAUCGGGUCAGCCCAGUCAGUGCACCCGGGCGUGCGCGGCUACAUGCCCGGUGGGGCGCACCAUCCGGACACCUCCACGGCGGGGCUGCAAGAGCUGAUGGGCCGCGUGAACGUGGUGGGCUGCACCUGCCUAUCUGUGCACAACCCACUACUAGCUGGCCGCACGUUUGGCGUCUGCAUCCUGGACGAGGCCAGCCAGGUCACCCUGCCCUCAAGCAUCGGCGCUCUGGCGCUUGCCAAGUCCUUUCUGUUGGUGGGAGACCACUACCAGCUCAGCCCGCUGGUAGUUAGCAGGGAGGCUUCGCAGGGCGGGCUUGGGGUCAGCCUCUUCCGUCGCCUCUCUGAAGCGCACCCCCAGGCCGUCGUCACGCUGCGCAGCCAGUACCGCAUGGCGGCCGACAUCAUGGCCCUGAGCAACGAGCUGGUCUACAACGGCCGCAUGCUGUGCGGCAGCGACCGCGUUGCGACGGCUAUGAUCAACCUGCCGGGCCUCAGCAAGCUCGCCGGGUACAGGUCCUCACCCGUGCACAAGAGCCUCACAGCUUCCGGCUCCUCUGCCUGGCCCCCCGGGCUGCCAGUACCUGGCUGGCUGCUGGCCGCACUGCAGCCGGAGUCUCGCGUCGUCUUCCUGGACACGGACAGCGUGGCCGGCUGCCGCGAGCUCGCGCUGCAGGACGGCAUGAGCAACCCCGGGGAAGUGCGCCUGGUGCACGCCCUUGCUUGUGCACUCGUGGCAGCAGGCUUGCCGCCAAUCGAGAUAGGCGUGGCGUCGCCCUACAAGGCGCAGGUGGCGGCGCUGCAGCAAGCCCUGGCGGGGCUGUCUCAAGCGGCGGCCUUGCCUGCCGAUGGGAGCACGGGAGCCGGCAGCCAGCCAGCUGGCGGCACUGAGAGCCGGUCCGUCGAGGUGCUGACGGUUGACAAGUACCAGGGGCGCGACAAGUCAGCCAUCAUGCUGUCCUUUGUGCGCUGCAACCCCGCGCACAACGCCGGGCGACUGCUGGCGGACUGGCAGCGGCUGAACGUGGCCAUCACGCGCGCGCGCACCAAGCUGCUGCUGGUGGGGUCGGCCGCCACGCUGGCGUCCAUGCCCCUGCUGGCGGACAUGCUGGCGCUGCUGCGACGUAAAGGCUGGGUCACGCAGCUGCCUGCGGACUGCCUGGUCGCGUUGCCACCUGUGCCUUCAGCGGCGACGGGUGGAUCAGCAGCCACGCCAAAGCUGCGAUAGUAGUUGGUCUAGGGGAGCGCAGGGUUAGAAGGGUAGGUUAAAGUAUUGUGGGGGCAAUUUUGGUUUUGUUAUCGGCGCUCUACUGGCCUAUAUCAGCCCUGGAACCCGAUUGCGUAAGGAUGAUAACGCAUGUCCUUUCUCCUGUCUGCUGGGUUUGUAUUUACCAAAAUGCGUCCGCUUUGAGAAUAAAAGGUUGUUGCUCAUCUGCAGGUUGGCCGAGGUGCAUUGCUGCUUAAUUUUUGGGAAGUGCUGCAGCUUGGUCUGUGAUUCCUUAUUUGGACAAUGCGUGGCGGUAGGAUGCUCGAAGUCUGUGAGUUCUAUGCGCCAACAUAUUCUCGCAGUUAAUCACGAAUAGGGACCCCGCGCCAGACGGCGAUGGAAGGCGGAGAACUUUAAAGUGGAAACGGGCGACAUUGCUGCAGGACUUGUAGCCCCUGCGCAUGGGCUACCCGCCAAACCGAGAGCGGAGCACAACCCCCCUCAUCGUUGGCGCGGAAACGUGCAACUCCUCAACUCCAAAGAC